GAGCAUCUUGGUCUAUAUGCGGGCGUGACGAGCCUAUUUCCAAGCUCCCCAAUUCCCAGCCAUGAGGCUUUCCCUAAAACCUCUAAAACCUCCGGCCGCCCCCCUCCGUCGAUUCUCCGCCGAUCCACUUGGCACGCCACCAGCGGAUCCAUCCUGCCCCAUCUCGGAGACGCUCUCCCUUCUCCAAACCUCCGAUCCUAUUUCCUGGCCAGCCAACUCUAAGCUGGGCGAUCUCCUCUUCGCCGCCUCUCCGCAGUCUGUCCUCAAAAUCACCCGCCAGCUCCCUGGUUCUCAAAACGCACUCCAAUUUUUCGAGUACCUCAAAACAAGCCCCCACCUAUCUGAUUCUGUCCCCUUUGCGUUCCAAGGGGUGCUUGAGCUUGUCAUGCGCGAAAACCCUAAUUCCCCCGGUAAGCUAUACGAGCUCUUCGCAAUGGCCAAGGAGCAAAAUACCCCUCUCUCCGUCAACGCGGGAACCCUGCUGAUUAUGUGCUUUAGCAACGCGAAUAUGCUGGAGGAGAUGGUCAUGGUGCUCGACGCCAUCGAGACGCGGCUGAGGAAUACGCACGUGGUUAAUUUAGUUGUUUUUGGAUUGUUCAAUUUGGGCCGUUUCCCUGCUGCCCUGAAGCUGGUCGACACAAUGCUUCAACCAGGUGCUACUAAUCCUCCCAAUGACAGGACGUUGAGAAUUGUUUUUUCAUCAAUUUUGGGGAAAAAGCAUAGAGGUGGGGAUUUGAGGGAUGAGGAAAUUUAUCAGCUUUUUUUGCGUUUUAGUGAGAAUGGUCUUUGCCUGAGUGGAUAUUGGUUGACGCACAUGAUUUCUAGGUUUUGUAGGAAUGGAGACUGCAACAAGGCUUGGAAUGCUUUGCAAAAAGCCAUGAAUUCAGGGUCUCGUGUGGAGGUGAUCCCUUGUAAUUUCCUGCUGUCCAAGUUAGGGCAGCAACGUGAUUAUGUUAGAAUGAACUUGUUGAUGAAUGAGAUGAAGGAAAAGGGGAUCACACCCACUGCUGUAACCUAUGGGAUCAUGAUCAAGAACUUGUGCAAGAUUCGAAGGUUGGAUGAGGCAUUGGAGGUGCUCGAGAAGAUGAGAGAUGGAGAAGCUGGCAUUAAACCAGAUGUUGUCAUUUACAACACGUUGAUUGAUGGAUUGUGUAAAGUUGGGAGGCAAGAAGAUGGGUUGAGGUUGAUGGAGAGAAUGAGGUCGUCUGAGACCAAGUGUGAGCCAAACACUGUCACUUACAAUUGCUUGAUCGAUGGAUUUUGUAAAGUGGGUGACAUUGAUACGGGGCGCGAGCUUUUUGAGCAAAUGAGCAAUCUUGAUGAGGGUGUGAACAUCGUUUCACUUAAUGCAAUGCUGGGAGGGAUGUGUAGGGUGGGUAGAGUUAGCAGUGCGAUGGAACUCUUUAGCAGAAUGCGCGAGAAGGGUUUGGAAGGGAAUACAGUUACAUAUACUGCAUUGAUAACUGCUUUCUGUGGUGCAAACAAUAUUGAGAAAGCAAUGGAUUUGUUUAAUGAAAUGAAAGAAAAUGGAUGCACCCCGGAUGCUAUCAUCUACUACACCUUGAUCUCGGGCUUUACACGGGCGGGAAGAAUGAAUGAUGCCAUGGAAAUCAAGUCGAAGAUGGAGGAAGUUGGUUUUUCAUUGGACAUAAUUGGCUACAAUAUCAUGAUUGGUGGAUUUUGUAGGAAGAAUAAGAUUGGGAAUGCAUCUGAGCUGCUGACAGAAAUGGAGGUUGCGGGAUUAAAUCCUGAUCGCAUCACAUAUAAUACUCUGAUUUCGUAUUUCUGUGACAAGGGGGAUUUCAAGCAUGCACAGAAAGUAAUGAAGAAGAUGGUGGAUGAUGGAUUAUCACCUACUGUUGUUACCUACGGUGCCUUGAUUCAAGGGUACUGCUUAAAGGGCAGUCUCAGUUCAGCAAUGAGGUUAUUCGCAGACAUGAAAUCCACACCAAAGGUGCCUCCGAACACUGUUAUUUACAACAUCUUGAUUGACUCACAUUGCAAGGAGGAUAAUGUGGAUGGGGCUCUUUCAUUAAUGGAUGAGAUGAGGGAUCGUGGGAUGAAGCUGAAUACUACCACGUACAAUGCUCUGUUUAAAGGCCUGCAACAGAGAAAUUGGUCGAAGAAGGCGCUGCAGCUUAUGAAGCAGAUGAGUGAACAGGAAUGUAUGCCGGAUUAUGUGACGAUGGAGAUUCUCACUGAGUGGCUUUCUGCAGCUGGUGAGACGGAGAAGUUGAAAGAGUUUGUUCGGUCCUACCGGGAUUGUAAUCUGACUGUGUAGAGCUUCGUGGUGGAGGUAAAUCGAUGGAUAUGCCCCUUGUUGAUGGUGGUAACAUUGUUUGAUGAAUGGUUUGAAAAACUGCAUUUGUUCAUGUAAGUUGAGUUUGGAGAAUUGCUCUAAAGAAAUCUUGAUAUUCUCAUGGCCUAA